AUGGAAUCCACCCCGAAACGACAUUCAAGGAGAGAAGACGAUAAUUACGACACUGAAAGCCAGGGAGAGGUGGAUUCCCUAUUACGCCUCCAAUCCAACGCCCCUACGAUUCCCGUACCCACGCGCAGAUCCAAAAGAAGCUUGAUGACACCUCAGAAGAGAACUGAACAAGUCAAUACGGAUGUGGAGAAAUGGAGAGAGACAGCCACCGAAGAGGAUCAUAGAACCCGACCAUUGAAGCGAGCGAGAAUGUCCGACCACACAAUUGUAAUCGCCACACCAAGCAACCAAAGAAAGCGAGAGUUGGAGCCCAGUUUGAAAGACGUUCGAUACGUCCUUCGGGAAAUACGUGGACAUAUCAACUCUCUGCCAGAGUUGCAGAGAACGAUCGAAAAGACCGCUGCUCUGCUCAAGGAAGCCAAGGAGCAGACGGAAGUGAUUCAAGCUGAAGUCGAGGAGGCGGUGUGCCUACGGUGGUUCGUGGAGGAAGACAUUAUGAAGAAGAUGAAGAAGGAUAGAUUUUUAACCGAUGGAACAACAGCCUUGGGAAGCCAGAGCGUACAGGGUGCAGCAUGGAGAAAGUGGCAAACAGCGCAGCAGGAGUUGGCGGAGCAUUCCAGUGCUGUAGAGUGA